AUGGACGGAAAUGCAAGCGCUGUCGAUGAAGCCGUCAUUGCAGUGUCGGAUUCACGAAUUACUGCGCCGAAUUCUGACGCGCAGGAGAGGGAACUCCCAGUUCCAGAGCCAGAGUCUUCCCUAGAACUUACGCCGACCUUGAAAUCGGCAGAGCCGUCUUCUUCCACUGUCCGGGAAAUUCCCCCAGUGCCUUCUUCUCCCGUAUUCAACCCUAACACCUUCAAAGAAUCCCAUCAUCCGAAGACACCUGGCUCUCCGCUUUCGUCGAAUUCAGUUACUCAUCGACGCUCAUUGACCAUCAGCAGAGGCAACAACUCGGUUUCAGCUGUACUUAUAUCCUCUGCACUCGAAAUCAUUGCUUCCUCUAAGGAUGCGAAGCGUUCUGCUCCUCUGAAAGAGAGCACCCAAAAGGCUCUGGACCUCAUUCGCAGCAACCAGGGCGGUGACCAUCCCAAAGAAAUCUUUGAACCGCUUCGGCUGGCUUGCGAAACGAGGAACGAGAAGCUUAUGAUCGCCAGCUUGGAUUGUAUUUCCAAAUUAAUUUCGUAUUCUUUUUUUGCGGAAUCACCUUUGUCUGCGAAUUCGGAUUACAAUUCCCCUCCGAACUCACCGGGUCCAUCCCUCGAAGAUAACCUGCCAUCCCUGGUUGACCUCGUUGCUCACACAAUCACCGCUUGUCAUACAGAGAAUACUCCCGAUGCGGUAUCCCUACAAAUCGUGAAAGCUCUACUAUCACUGGUUCUCUCUCCUACCGUCCUAGUGCACCAUUCUUCCUUAUUGAAGGCGGUCCGAACUGUGUAUAACGUCUUCCUCCUGAGUACAGAUCCUGUUAAUCAGAUGGUUGCACAAGGUGGUCUUACUCAGAUGGUGCAUCACGUCUUCACGCGUUGUAGGAUUGGAGAUUAUCCCCCAUCGAUCGACAGCGCGACUUUAUCCCGAAGUCCAAGUCAAACCAGUUUUGCUUCUCCAAAACACCUUCCGUUUACUGUCCCAUCCCCAAGAACGCCGACAGCAAUCAAUGGGCGUAAUACGCCCGACUCAUACACCAAGGACAAUGCUUCUGCUUCGACAGCGUCACUGCCACAGGAGACCGCAAGCCCGCUACCUGUCACUACUGAAAGUGAGUCAGUCAAUGGAUCCCAUCCCGAAGAGGACGAUGAAUCUGGGCCGCGUACACCCAAAGCAUUCAGUCACGAACAAUUCGGACAUAGUGGUUUUGGUCGGAAGGGAUUGAGUACGAAGGACAUGUUCGUCAAAGACGCGUUUUUAGUGCUCCGUGCACUGUGCAAACUCACGAUGAAACCCCUGAAUAACGAAAGUGAACGCGAUGUAAAAUCCCAUGCUAUGCGCUCGAAAUUACUUUCGUUGCAUCUGGUGUUAACCGUCCUUAAUACACAUAUGCCAUUAUUUAUUGACCCAUCCGCCAUCAUCUACUCCAACUCUUCCAACGAAGCAACUACUUUUGUGCAAGCUAUCAACCAAUAUCUCUGUCUGACUGUGAGUCGCAAUGCGAUCAGUCCUGUACCCCAAGUUUUCGACAUCAGUGUGGAAAUCUUCUGGAGAAUGCUGUCAGGCAUGCGAACAAAAUUGAAGAAAGAGAUUGAAGUUCUUUUGCACGAAAUAUAUAUCCCGAUACUGGAAAUGCGUACAUCGACCUUGAAACAAAAAGCUGUUAUCUUAGGGAUGUUUUCGCGUUUAUGUCAAGAUCCUCAAGCUUUGGUAGAUAUUUAUCUCAACUAUGACUGUGAUAGCGAAGCUGUCGACAACAUUUAUGAACACCUGAUUAACGUUAUCUCCAAAAUCGCGACGUCCCCGUCCACCAAUCAACAUAACAAAACCAAUGAGCCUCCAAGCCCUGCUGUCACCCCCAAUUCCAGCAAACAGUCAGGCAAGAAUUCUACUAUUCCCCCAUCUCUCAGUACGACUGCCAUGUCAGUUUCUGGCUCAAUGGAUACCUCAACCAUGGGCCUUUCAGAAGCUCAACUUCGAAGACAAGGCCUGGAGUGUCUAGUCGCGAUCCUGAGAUCGCUGGUAGCUUGGGGCACUGCUGCCGGUAAGAGCACCGAAGAUGGCAACACUCUCGUUGGAUCCGAGUCCGGAACUGUCUCGCAAAACGGUGAAGAGGCUCCGAGAGAUUCGAUGGUUGCCGAUUCGUCAUUGGAUAGGUUGGCUACAGAACCAAGCUCUGAACAGUUGCGACAACCGACACCGGAGCUCGCUGAUGAUCCAAGUAGAUUCGAGAGCGCGAAGCAAAAGAAGACCACUUUGUUGGAAGGCAUUAGAAGAUUCAAUUUCAAACCUAAACGGGGUAUUUCUUUCUUGAUCGAAAACGGCUUCAUUCUAAGCAAAACCCCCCAAGCCAUUGCCAACUUCCUGUUGCACACUGAUGGUUUGAGUAAAUCCAUGAUUGGUGAAUAUCUUGGUGAAGGAGGCGAAGAGAACAUUGCCAUCAUGCAUGCCUUUGUCGAUCAGUUGGACUUCAAUAACCUUGCUUUUGUGGAUGCGCUCCGCCUCUUCUUGCAAUCCUUCCGUCUGCCUGGAGAAGCGCAGAAGAUUGACCGAUUCAUGUUAAAAUUCGCUGAACGUUAUGUCGCUGGGAAUACUCAAACGGCUUUUGCAAACGCAGACACUGCAUACGUUCUAGCAUAUUCCGUCGUCUUGCUGAAUACCGAUGCCCACAACCCGCAGGUCAAAAAACGAAUGACAAAGCAAGACUUCAUCAAGAACAAUCGUGGAAUUAAUGACGGGGCAGAUUUACCUGAAGACCUCUUGGGACCUAUCUUCGACGAAAUCACGAGUAAUGAAAUCAAGAUGAAGGACGAAGUCGAAGCAAUAACAGUCAGUGCGACUGGUCCUGGUAUUGCGAGUGCGUUGGCAAAUGUGGGACGAGAUCUUCAGAGGGAGGCAUAUGUGAUGCAGUCUAGUGGAAUGUUGAACAAAACUGAAGCCAUGUUCAAGACAUUGAUGCGCACGCAACGAAAGGGUUCGAACGCUGGAAACCAAUUCUUCAGCGCGUCCCAUUUCGUGCAUGUGCGACCCAUGUUCGAGGUGGCUUGGAUUCCGUUUCUAGCAGGCCUUUCUGGGCCACUGCAAGAGACUGACGAUCUGGAAAUAGUAGCGCUUUGUCUCGAUGGAUUCAAGAGUGCUAUCAAGAUAGUCUGUUUUUUCGACCUUGAACUGGAGAGAAACGCGUUUGUCACUACCCUUGCUAAAUUCACCUUCUUGAAUAAUCUAGGAGAGAUGAAGACGAAGAAUAUGGAGGCGAUCAAGGCUCUUCUCGAUGUUGCUGUCACUGAAGGCAAUCAUUUGAGAGGCUCUUGGCACGAAGUGUUAACUUGUGUCAGCCAACUCGAGCAUAUGCAGCUCAUUAGCAGUGGUGUCGAUGUUCCAGAAAAGAAAGGCCGACCGCGCAAAUUGCCAGCAGAAGAGCUUGCGAACGAAAGUAGAUCUACACACAUAACGGUAGCGGCAGAUAUGGUCUUUUCUCUGAGUCAUUUUCUAUCUGGGACUGCCAUAGUUGAUUUUGUCCAAGCCCUGAGUGAUGUUUCAUGGGAGGAAAUACAAUCUUCCGGCUUGUCACAGCACCCUCGAAUGUUCAGUUUGCAGAAACUUGUCGAGAUCUCGUACUACAACAUGAAUCGUAUUCGGCUCGAGUGGUUAAAUCUCUGGGAUAUAAUAGGGGAACAUUUCAAUCAGGUCUGUUGCCACAAUAACCCUCAUGUCGGCUUCUUUGCUCUGGAUUCCCUACGACAGCUCGCAAUGCGAUUUCUAGAGAAGGAAGAAUUGCCGCUCUUUAAAUUCCAGAAAGAUUUCUUGAAGCCAUUCGAACAUACGAUGAUUCAUAAUACCAACCCAGAGAUUCGUGACAUGGUGCUACAAUGUUUACAACAAAUGAUACAAGCUCGGGUUCAAAAUAUGCGGUCAGGGUGGCGGACAAUGUUCGGCGUGUUCCAAGCAGCGUCCAAAGUGCUCACUGAACGGAUUCCCAACUCCGCCUUCGAAAUCGUCACUAAACUGAAUCGGGAUCAUUUUUCUGACAUCGUUCGUAACGGAGCGUUCAGUGAUCUGGUAGUGUGCAUCACCGACUUCUGCAAAGUGAGCAAGUAUCAGAAGAUAAGUCUGCUGGCGAUAGGAAUGCUCAGAGGAGUCAUUCCCGUUAUGUUAGAUUGUGCGGAGUGCGGCUGGAGCACAGGACCUUCAUCUGAGACGAAUUCUUCCAUGGAUGAUGGCAUGGUAAAGUAUUGGUACCCCAUAUUGUUCGCUUUCUACGAUAUAAUCAUGAACGGAGAGGACCUAGAAGUUCGACGACUCGCCCUCGAUUCCCUAUUCACAACACUAAAGACUUAUGGAGACACCUAUCCUUUAGAGUUUUGGGAUACUGUGUGCAAGAAGACUCUCUUCCCCAUCUUUGCUGUCUUGAAGUCUAGUCAAGAUCUCUCAAGGUUCAGCACGCAAGAGGACAUGAGCGUUUGGUUAUCCACUACAAUGAUACAAGCCCUGCGCGAUCUCAUAGACCUUUACACUUAUCAUUUUACUAUUCUGGAACGUUUCCUUGACGGGCUUCUGGAUCUUUUAUGCGUCUGUAUAUGUCAAGAAAACGAUACCUUGGCUCGAAUCGGAACAUCGUGUCUUCAGCAAUUGCUGGAAAACAAUGUUUCGAAGCUAAGCCCUGCUCGAUGGGAACGUGUCGCAACUACGUUUGUCAGAUUGUUCAAGACCACGACACCUCAUCAAUUAUUUGACGAGACUCUACGGGAAGAAAUUGCUGACAGUAGCUCGGAGAUCGCGGAGGAAACCAAUGGCCAAACAAUCCUUCCUGCACCUUUGUCAGAGCAAGCGAGAACUAGCUCGCUGCCUUCAUUGGCAGAACGUCGCCGUAUCUUCAAGCAGAUUAUUGUGAAAUGCGUACUGCAACUUUUGCUUAUUGAAACCACAAAUGAUCUACUCCGGAAUGAGAACGUUUAUAACACCAUACCUCCAGAGCAGCUGCUUAAACUCAUGGGUGUCCUCGACCAUAGCUAUCAGUUUGCUCGAAUGUUCAACGAAGACAAGGAUUUACGCACUGGGCUAUGGAAAGUUGGUUUCAUGAAACAUUUGCCAAAUCUCUUGAAGCAGGAGUCGAGCAGUGCUUCAACGCUCGUUCAUGUUCUAUUACGCAUGUACUACGAUCCCAGGCCAGCUCACCAAACAGCCCGUUCCCAAAUUGCAGAUCGUUUCCUUCCACUUAGCUUGGGUGUUGUCGAAGACUACAACAAACUCCGAUCAGACAGUCAAGCCAAAAACAUCAUUGCAUGGACUCCUGUAGUUGAAGAAAUUCUGGACGGAUUUUGCCGCUUUGAUGAUAAAGCCUUUGCAAGGUAUCUUCCAGCAAUAUAUCCUUUAGCUGCAGAUCUAUUAGCAAGGGAGUUACCAACAUCGGUACGGCAAUGCCUCAGAACAUAUUUUAUACGGGUUGGACACACUCAGGGUAUCAUAGACAAGCAUUCAUCGUAA